AUGUCAGCCCCACAAGUAAACACUGACACUAAGGAAAAGGAACCUCUCGAAGAGAUUUGCGAUUUUGCUACACCUACCGAGGGUAGAGAUAUCGAGUCUUAUGACGAAGACGAAGGAAGAGAACCAACUCUUGAAGAGUUGAAAACUCUUAGACAUGUCGCCGAAAGAAUUCCACUUUCAUGUUGGUUGGUUGCAGUCGUUGAACUCUGUGAAAGAUUCGCCUACUAUGGUAUUUCAGGUGUUUUCCAAAACUAUAUGCAAAAUGGACCUAGCGAUUCACCAGCUGGUGUGUUAAACUUGGGUUCCCAAGGUGCAACUGCUUUAUCAUACUUUUUCCAAUUUUGGUGUUACCUUACUCCUAUUCUUGGAGCUUACAUGGCUGAUACCUAUUGGGGGAAAUACAAUGCAAUUUGUGUUUCCUGUGGUAUAUAUAUUGUUGGUUUAUUGAUUCUUUUCAUCACCUCAGUUCCAAGUGUUGCAUCCCAUAAUGCAUCAUUAGGUGGUUACAUUGUUAGUAUCAUCAUUAUCGGUAUUGCUACCGGUGGGGUCAAGUCCAACGUUGCACCUUUAAUUGCUGAUCAAAUCCCAAAGAACUCUCCUAUCAUUAGAGUCUUGAAGAACGGUAAAAAGGUUGUUCAAGAUCCAAAUAUCACUGUUCAAUCGGUUUUCAUGUUUUUCUAUCUUAUGAUCAAUAUUGGUUCUCUCUCAGUUAUUGCCACAACAGAAUUAGAGCAACGUGUUGGGUUCUGGGCUGCUUACUUAUUGCCAACUUGUUUCUUUUUCAUUGGAGUCUUUACUUUAAUUGUAGGAAGAAAAGCCUAUGUCAAGGUUCCAGUUAGUGACAAAAUCAUUUCUAAAAGUUUCAAGGUUGCCUUUAUUGGUUUGAAGAACAGAUUUAACUUAGAUGUCGCUAAGCCAUCGGUUACGCCAGAAGCUGAAUACCCAUGGAAUGAUAAGUUUGUAGAAGAAGUGAGAAGAGCAAUUUAUGCCUGUAAAGUUUUCCUCUUCUAUCCAAUUUACUGGGUUGUUUAUGGUCAAAUGUUGAAUAACUUUAUCUCCCAAGCUGCUGAAAUGGAAUUGCAUGGGUUGCCUAACGAUAUUUUACAAGCAAUUGAUUCGCUUGCAAUCAUUAUCUUUAUUCCAAUCUGUGAACGUUUAGUUUACCCAUUCAUCAGAAAGUUCACUCCAUUUAAGCCUAUCACCAAGAUUUUCUGGGGGUUCAUGUUCGGAUCAGGUGCUAUGGUUUAUGCUGCUGUCUUACAGCAUUACAUUUACUUAGCAGGUCCAUGUUACGAUAAGCCGUUGGCUUGUGCUGGUUACACUGAUAUCCCAAACCGUGUUCACGUUGCCAUUCAAGCUCCAGCAUACUUCUUAAUUGCCAUGUCCGAAAUUUUAGCAUCCAUUACCGGUUUAGAAUACGCAUACACUAAGGCCCCUGUGUCCAUGAAGUCAUUCAUCAUGUCCUUAUUUUUGGUUACAAACGCGUUUGGUUCAGCCUUAGGAAUUGCAUUAUCAUCCACUGCCAUUGAUCCUAAAUAUGUGUGGACCUACACUGGUUUAGCUGUUUCUUGUUUCAUUGCAGGUGUGCUCUUCUGGUUAUGCUUCCGUCAUUACAACGACAAAGAAGAAGAGUUCAAUUUAUUAGAUGUUGAUGGCCAAGAAGAAAACAAUGAGCUCAACCCAACCAUCUCAUUUGCACACUCAGUAAAGAGUAUUUAA